UAAAGCCACAGUUUAGAUAUGAGAGUUAACCAGCCAUGGUAAAUGACAUUAUUCUUCAGUGACUUCUGAUUCUUGAAAAAUAUGCUGCCUUCAAAGAAAAAUCGUUGGGAAAUUCUACUAUUUCUUAUAUACUAUUUUUGCUUGAAUUCAGAUGCAUUCAUGCCAAAUUGUGAUCAUCUGUUAGAUAAAUGCCAAUGCCACUCCACUUAUGCUACAUACUAUGCUGACAUAAAAGAGACUUCAAAAAUUUGUUUGAAAAUGUUUAAACAAAAGAUGAGUUGGGCUGAUGCUGACAAGGCAUGCAGGAAGGAAUUUUCAUAUUUAACGACCAACGACUUUAUUAACACAGUGCCUGCGGUUCUAGGAAGAAAUGCAUCAACGCUUGGUGAGCCUGUAUGGACUGGAAUUAAAAGAACCCCUAAUGGAACAUUCAGAGGCUUUUAUCUUAAAACAUCCAAUUAUCCUGAGUUAUUUACGGAAGAUACCGAUGAUGAUGGAUUUGAUCAAUGGGCCAAAGGGGAACCUGUUCACGAUUGUGCGGCGUGGAUCAUCGAAUCCGGCCAUUUGAUCACUCUUCCAUGUGAAACAAAACUUGAGUUCGUAUGCCAGAACACCGGAUUUCCCGUUUAUCCAGUUUCAGGAACUCUGGCAUGCCCUCAAAAUUGGUUGUUCUAUUACCAUUCUCCUGUGACUAGUAAAAAAUGUAUUAGGCCAUUUUCAUUUCAUCCAGGAACAUUUAUGGAUCAGUCAGAAGCAUGUUCAAAUAUUGGAGGCACAGUUGCUGACAUUGCUGUUUAUCUUAUGUCAUACAAUUAUUUGAGUAGAUUAAAUAUAAGAGGAUUUCGAGUGCCAAAUAAUGAAGGUUGCAUACCUGCAUACCUUGAAGCUGUUGUUGGUGGUUCUGAUGGAUCCGUAAAUUGCUCUCAUACAGUAUUUAUUUGUGAACGCGACAGACGAAAUAUUUCUGUAACAGUUAAAAUAUUACCAGAAAUUUCCUCUCUCUCAAAUGUUAAAGAUGGCUUCUUGACUUGUGACGUAUCGUUCCAUGGUCAAACUAUAAGCAACCUGGAAGAUAAGCUCCAGUAUAUUUGGCUGAAAGAUGGAAAGCCUAUCAAAAACAAUCAUUCUCAAUUUUGGUUUAGAGACGUUCCAAACCUUGGGUCUGCGCUUGGCCACUAUCGUUGCGGAGUUACAGGUGAAGGAUUAGAAGACACAUAUAUGUCAUCAGAGGCUUCAUUAGACUGGAGACCGAUUACUAGAGAUUGCAAUCCUAAUUUAUUGGAAGGAACAAAGUGGCUCUCAUUCAAUUACUCAUUGUGUACGAAAUACCUGUCUACGAUUAAAAAUUCAAAAAUUCAGUGUCCUGAGAGUUUCAAGCCUUUGGAUGAAAACUUUUGCUAUAUGACUUACAAAGAUAAACAUACGUAUGAGGAAGCAGAGGAAGUAUGUAAUAAACGGUCAAGCUACCUUAUGGAUUUAGAAGCAAUAAAUAAAACCCUACUCUCCAAAUUAGAACUUUUUUCUACUUAUUGGAUCUCGGAAAGAAGACCUUCAGAAUGGUUCGAAGAAGAAAAUCAUAGUAUUUUACACGAAGACAGGCAAACUCCGCGUUGCAUUACUGUGAAAAAAAUUGGAGAAACUCGGAGUUACAGUAUUUCGCCGUGCGAUGAUUAUAAAAAAUUUAGUUUUCUUUGCAUUCAUCAACCCCUCACAAUAUUAGAAACUAUAGCUUUUUCAAGGAGCUGGAAAAAAUUUAUUCAUCAAGAUUCUUGUUAUUUUGUUGAUGACACUGAAAAGACUUGGAAAGAGGCGAAUAAAUUCUGUCAGGCAUUUCCUGCCAAAUCAAGUCUACUUCAAAGCAUACGGAACCUGAACGAUUAUUCAUUAUUCAAAGUUUUAAUACCAGCAUUGACACAACUUUCGAAAGGAUUUUCUUGGUGGACUGACCUAUUGCAAGAGAACGGAACGCUGAAGUGGUCCAAUUUGCCAGAAGAAUCGUUGACUUUCGUAGACUGGGAAGAGAAUACCGAUUUCAGCAUGGAAAGGGCUCGUGUUGUCCUCAUCCCAGAUCCUUCGAAUGAAAGCAGCAUUCUUUGGUCCCUGAAAGAUCUUUCGUCAAAAGCAGCUUCUAUAUGUGAAAUACAAAGCUUGGAAUAUACUCAUUCUACUUCUGUAUAUAUUGAUAUUGGACCAGAAGGACAUAACCUAGAUGAUACAAAUUAUUAUAAUGUAGACCUGUAUUGUGUUCCGAGUGGUUGGUUUGUAUCAGAAAGCGUAGCUUGGUUUAAAGAUGGUGAUCCCGUGAAACAUGGAAUCGGCAAAAAGCAAUUGUCUCUAAUUUUAAAAGCACCAUUUAAGUUGGAAAAAGUUUCGGAAUUUCAAGGUUAUUAUAGAUGUUCUGUUGACGAUGAAAUUCGCUAUGAACAAAUCUUCUCUUCUAAAGUGUUGGUUAGAAUUCCAGGAGUGCAUACAUUUGUUCUAUUUAUGAAAUCGGAACUUUCAAAACUCACCAGUUGUUAUGAUGCACUGCCACUGGUUAUAUCCUUUAAUGAGGAAUUAGGUUUACAUUUACGAGAGAUUUUUCUCAAUGAAUCCAUGACUGUUCUGAAGAAUAUCACAUGUAUUGAUUCCAAAUUACACAUUUAUGACCAUGUUUAUAUUUCGGAAGAUUUUGGAAAUGAAAAGAAAAUACAGAAAAUCUUUGAAAACAGUAUGAAUGCAAGAAAUGAUUUUUUAUCAGAAUUACUGAACAAGCUCCAUGUAGAUAAAAGAGACAUGUCAUUUAGAAGUACUGUCUCUUGCCCCAGAGAAAAAUCUUACUAUAAUGGAUGGGAACUCAAUUGGCCCGAUACGCCCAUUGGACAAAGUACUGUGCCAGAGGAGAUAUGUGUAACAGAUGAUGGUGAUCUUCUUGAACGAAAGUGUUUUGGGGAUUUUAAUGUAGGAGGAUUCUGGAGUCCAGUGAGAAAGGCUUGCGCUACUGUUUCUUCUAGUGUGACAAAGGCGCUUCAUGAAUUGUCCAAAACAAAUAUCACUGAGGACAAUAUUUUGAAUUCAGUUGUGAGUGUUGACUCCCUGAUUAGCACUUCAAAUAGCCUAAGUUCAGCAGAUGUUACUUACGUGACACGCAUAUUAAGAAAUGUAGCUACCGUACCUAUUAUUAAACCCGAGAUUUUAAAGUCAGUUGUCCACACCGUAGACACUGUUAUAAACACAAUGUCAGCUUAUGACAACAGAGAUUCCUUAUCAAAUGUUCCUAAUAAAAUAUCUUCAGCUGUGGACACUAUUAUAUCAAACACCGAGACCAAUGAUCAAGUUAUUAAAAUAGCAGGAAAUAAUAUUGCCGUUUCUGUUCAUCCAAAUAAUGCCAAUGCCUCUUUUAUCCUUACCGGAGGUGUCUUGGAGUCCUGGGGCUCGAAUGUAACAACCUUAUUCAACGACAGCAGCAUCGAUCAUGCUGAGCGAUUGGAUCAAUUUGAAAUGUUUGAAGCUGCAGUACUUUUACCUGACAAUCUGCUUUCAAGAAAUCAGAGCGUUAAUAUGACCAAUGUAGCCAUCACUAUUCACAAAAACUAUUAUUUCAGAGAAAACGUUGAAGUUAUUAGCCCAUUAAUUGAUAUUUCUAUAGGAAAUGCGCCUGUGUAUAAUGUGGAUCCACCAGUUGAAAUGGUUUUUAAAGUACCAGAGAACUUGUUGAAAGAAAAUUUUUCUUGGGGAUGUGUCUAUUGGGAUAAAACAAUGAAUGAUAGAUCUGGUGGAUGGUCUUACGAAGGCUGCUUUGCUAACUUGCUUGAUUCUGCCCAUGUGCAAUGCUACUGUGACCAUCUAACAAGUUUUGCUGUUAUUCUGGAAAUAAACUAUUACAAUGAGUUUGCUCCAGUUCACCGGAAUUUAUUGAAUAUUAUAACUUAUAUUGGAUGUUUUCUGUCGAUAUUUGGACUAGGAAGCAUCAUUCUCACGUUUAUUUUAUUUAGCAAAUGGAGGUCGGAUGUGAAACACAAAGUCUUAUUCAAUCUCUCCCUCUCCCUAUUUUUGUUCCUCUUCAUUUUCGUGUGCGGAAUCGAGAGAAUAGGAUCGAAGCACGGAUGUAUGGUAGUUGCUCUGCUUCUGCACAACUUCAUGUUAAGCUCUUUUUCUUGGAUGCUCGUAGAAGCAGUCUUACAGUAUUACGGCUUGGUAAAAGUUAUCGGAACUUACAUCCCUCAUUUCAUACAGAAGGCUUCGUUCUUUGCUUGGGGAUUGCCUCUUAUAAUCGUGGUAGCUGUUUUAAGUGUAGAUCACGGUCUCUAUAGCGGUAGAAACGAAUAUUGUUGGGUGUCUGAAAAAGCAUUCUUUUACGCUGUAGCAGCGCCUGUUUUAUUGAUGCUGGCCAUAAAUUUUGUGAUUUUUGGAGUAAUCUCAUAUUCCAUCACUUGUGGUAGAUCCAAACAGUAUUUGAGGAGUAAUCAAAGUGACAAACAAGAAAUGAUAGCUCGAACAAAAGCUGUAUUUUGUGUGUCAGUACUAUUAGGAUUGUCUUGGGUAUUCGGGUUUUUGGCAGCCAUGGAAGGAGUCGAACUAAUAUUCCAAUAUUUAUUCACCGUAACGACUACACUACAAGGAUUCUUAUUUUUCAUCUUUUUUGUUUUGCGACAGAAGAAAACGAGAGACCUGUGGCUGACUUUUUUGAAAGGACCUAAACCGCACAUUUCUCGUAAUACUGGCGGCACAGAAACGGAGAGCGGAGAAUCGCAGCAAGAACCAGUUCAAAACAAACUUCAUAGAGUUUCCUACAAAGCAAAAAUGCCCUACGUCAUACUUAAUAGGUAACAUCGCCUCAAAUGAAAACGAAACUCUUAUGGAACUGUAUUCCUUUAGGACAAUCACAACUGUGAAUUACAAAAGAGCAGGAUUCAAAUGCAACAUGGAUUUAAAAAAAUGAUCCAGCUUUUUGUAUGUAUGAAAGUUUCUAUCUCAAGAAUAAGAAUGUAUCUGCAUCUUAUCUA